UAUGACAUCAUCGCUGGCUCCCUUCCCUCGCUCUUCUUGCCAAUCUCCUGGCUGGAGGAGUAUAGACCUGAGAUGAUGAUUCCACCAUAACCCCAAUCAUGGGGGAAUUUAAGGGAUUGCAGACCUGGGAGAUUUGAACCAUCUGUCUCCAGACAUGGGCUGUCUGUAUAGUAAGGGGAAUGUUCGCUUUAUCGUAAGCGAAGACACCUAUGACACAACAGAAACAGAAACAGAAUCACGACAGCAAGAGGAAAAGAAAGAAAAGAUCAAACCUUCAUCCUCUUCGUACAAGGCCCUCAAGCCAUCCCCACAGCCAUCCCCACUGCACCGAGCAAAAGAAAUACUGAGUGCCAGAAAGAUACAGGCCUGGUGGCGAGGCACCCUGGUGAGACGCACACUGCUGAGGGCUGCCCUCAGUGCAUGGAUCAUUCAGUGCUGGUGGAGGAAGAUCCUGGCCGAAAGACAGGAAAGCAAUCGCCUGGUGAUCCUGCAAUGGAUGGUCCUAGAAACAAGCGCCUGCGUCCUUAUUCAGUCGUGGGUUCGGAUGCUCAAAGUCCGCCACUACUAUCUCAGGCUGUGCUGCGCUGCCCGCGUUAUCCAAACAUCGUGGCGCUGGCAUAAUUGCCGUACCCGUGGCUUUUUCCAGGGCAGCUAUGAACUUGAGGGACACAAACUACAUCUACAGCUUGAUAUCUUUCUGGGAUCACAGGUUUGUCGUAUAUCAGACUGCAUAUCCUUGCCAAUAAAGAACUGAUCAGGUCUUCUAA